AUGUUCUGGAUCCUCAUCAGAAAAUCCAUAGACAAGUGGACUGAGGGCUCCCCAAACCAGUACCCUGAAGGAAUCGCCCGUACCAGGUCUUCGGACAAAUUCUGGCCUCAGCCCCGCGCCCCGGCGCAGCUCAGCCCCAACUCAUCUGGCUACCUGCCCCGCGAUCACGCCGGGGCCGCGGCAGUCCUCGUGGAGCAGCCGGAUCCGCUCAGCGCGCAGCUCCCAACUCUGUCCCGCCCAGCUCGUCUCCACGGCAACGGGCCGAGUCGCACCACGGUGGCCGCAGAGGGACAAUCCCUCCGCUUCCGCAGCUUCCGCGGCUUGGCGCGCCCGUCUUGGCCUAGAGUCCCGCCCCCUCGCCGGUCUCCCAGACAACGCGCCGCUCUCAGGUCUAGGCGUCUGCCCCGGGACUCACUCCGCGUCCGCGCGCGCCGGCUGAACAUGGAUGGCAAUUCGGCUCCCACUUGCCAGGUGCCUCCGUGCGUGGAAGACCAGAUGGUACAGCCGAAUAGGCUCUCGGUCACAUGGAACCUGCGCCCGUCCGUGGAUUUGGGGUCCGCCGCCCCGGCGGCCGGCAGUUCCGGCGCCACCCUGGGCCCGAACUCCUUCCAGCGCGGUAGGCUCGGAAGCCAAGACGUCACCCCAGAGGUCCAUCCGCAGAUCUGCUUCUUGCGGCCCAGGGCCACCCAGGCGCCGAUGCUUUUCAGCUUAAUGAAUUCCACUGAAGCAGGAGUGAACAAACUACCCAAGAGCCAAUUGUCCCGGGUGAUUAUUCGUGACAACCGCAGUGCACAACGGCUCUGUGAGAUGGAGAUAAGAGCUUCAGACAAGACCAUGAAAAAGAUGAACCACUUGCAUGAUCACCUGAAAAAAAAGUUCAUUACGGACCAGCUCAGAAAGCUGGGGCGCUGGAAACGGGAAUCCAUGGGCAUCCAGCAGUACUUGGAUAGCAACCGCACGUCCCGGAGCCCGGGGAAACUCGAGUCUCGCAAGGAGAAAAGGCAGCCACCCUAGUCCUGGCAGAAUGAUCUGUCCCAGGGCCACAGUGAUGCUAGUCUGAGCAGGGAGGAAGCAGAAACUAGCCACCCUACACCAUCGUAGAACAAUAAACUGAGACCAGCGGACAGCAGAGCACAAAAAA